UACUUUCCGGUCGCUAGAGUCAAUAGAAGAAGCAAAAUCUCCAAAAUCUUGUCACGGAGUAGUGAAAAUGGACACAAAAGCAUUAGCAAAAUCAAAGAGAGCACACACAUUACAGCACAACAAGGGCAAAAAACCACACCCAAAUCAAAACCCCAGCAAAACCCCAUCAACUGGAAACAAUCAAAAACCCCAAAAAUCUAAGCUUCCAUCCAACUGGGAUCGGUAUGAAGAUGACGAGGAAGAUGAAUUUGGAGUGAAUCUUGAAAACCCAUCUGGAGAUAACAGUAAAAAACCAAGCUUUAAGGAUUAUGGUGAUGGUCUUGCUUUGCCAAAGAGUAAAGGUGCUGACUUUAAAUACCUCCUUGAUGAAGCUAAAUCAAAACCUCACCAAGUUGACGACUUUCCUUUUCUCGAGGGCUUCUUGGCUGAGGAAUCUAUGCAUGGAGUAGGUCCCUUGCUUGCAGUCAGGGGAGAAAGCAUUCUAUCAUGGAUUGGGGAUGAUAAUUUUGUUGUGGAAGAUGAAACAACUUCAAGUCAUGAGGCGUCAUUUCUCUCCCUGAAUUUGCAUGCUCUUGCGGAACAACUAGCUAAAGUGGACGUAUCAGAGAGGCUCUUCAUUGAAGCAGAUCUAUUACCAACAGAAUUGGGAUCAAAUACAAGCAGCAGCCAGGAAUUUGACCAAAUGCAAACAACAGGAUCAGAGGCAAGCAGCAAUCAUGGACCUAACAGAAAACAAACAACUCAUGAUAAAGAAACCAAGACAAUCUCUGGAGAAUUGACUUUUGAAGAUUUUUCUGAGAAGAAUAAGGCUGUUAAUCAAGAUGCCGAGAUUUUUGUAUCAGGGUUGACCAUAGGCAACUCAGACCCAAUUUCAUUUAUUCAGGGAUUAGAUGUUAAGGAUAAUUUGAAUUUAAAUCAGCAUGGUAAAUCCAAUCAAAGAACAGCUAUGGAAUCCCCAGCACAGUUCUAUGCGAGUUCUGUUGCCCCUAACAGCAGGCUGCCCACGUUCGAAGCAGCAGCUGCUGAGUCUGAAUUGGAUAUGCUUCUUGACUCACUUAGCGAGGCCAAGCUACUUGAUUCUUCUGGAUUUGGGUCAGGUACUUUACCUGUUUCAGAGAAAGAGGCUGCUGUACCUCUGCCACAACUUACAAGAAAUGCCCCUGGUUCAGCAAAAACCACUCCCACUGCUGCCACCCUGGACAACGUGCUUGAUGAUUUACUUGAGGAAACAUCUAAUUUACAAGAGGCUGCUGCACCAUUGCCACUACUUGCAAGAAAUGCCCACGGUUCUUUGAAAACCACUUCUACUGCUGCCACUCUAGAUGACGUGCUUGAUGAUUUAUUUGAGGAAACAUCUAGCUUGUCAAACCAAAACAAUUUGCAUCAGCCUUCAGAAAAGAAGGCUGAUCACGUAAUUCAAUCUUCUUCGUCUCAGUCUGUCAACAAGUCAAAAGUUUUGGAUGAUUUUGACUCAUGGUUAGAUACAAUUUAGCGCUUGUAAUUUACCAAAACCUCACCCAUGUAUCCAUAUUUGUUGUGUUUAAUGCCAUAUACAGGGAUGCAUGCUUUCAAACUGCUA